AGUGCACGACAACGAUCAGAUAUCACUUGCACACGGGACGGUUCAGACGCACAUCGCGGUUGCAAUCCAACGGAAUUGGUUCCUCGUCUAAUUUCUAUCAGAGUGACGGUUCGCCGGAAACGUGCCACUUCCAGACGUAGUUCGUUGAACUCUAUGCGGUAUUCAUUGCGAAGAUCAGUCCAUUUGAAGUUGUGGCUCAAUUCGCAGAAGUCUCAUAAAUCGACUACGUAAUCAUUUUCAUUGGUGUCGUCGAAAUGCCCGAAUUUGUGAUUGAAAAACGCAAUAUUCCAGUGCUCACGAUCGCCUCCAACACUCCUGAUGCAGGUGGUGCAACCGGCGGAAGUGGAAGUGGUGAAAAUGCCCUCGGUUUCCGAAUCACCGGAGGGGCUGACUUCGAAAUGCCAAUAACGGUGUUUCAGGUCAAGGAGAACAGCCCGGCGGCCAAGGCCGGUCUGAACCUGGGCGACCAGAUUGUCACAAUCAACGGGGCGGACGCUUCGGCGAUGCGCCUUGCCACGGCGGAAUCCGUGAUCAAACAGGCUGGCGAGCAACUGCAGCUGGUGGUGACCAAAGAUGAUGAGGAGGCAGCUAAACUCUCGAACAAACCAAGAGAAACUCAUGAAAUUAAAUUCGCAAAUGAUGAGGACAACCGGGAUGAAGUCACCAAUCCCCCAGCUCCGAAGAUCAAGUCAAACGAAGGACGUGCUUCCUCUUCGCCUUUCCCACACUCUCCAACUCGUUCGGAAACUCGCAGUCCAAAGUACACUCCGGAACCGGCACUGACUCGCUCACCGUCUUGCGAAUCCUGCGAGUAUUCCAAUGCGGCUGUGGUCGAAGAACAGUUGCGGCAAAUGCAGAAGCAACUGAAUGAAAUCAGCAUCAUACCGAUGCAGAUCCAGGCCACGCUCAGUUAUCUGACCAAAGCGUUGGCGAAGUUUGCCCCUCCGGAGUUGCACCGAGAGCUACCGCUGUCGUUGCGCAGUAGUUCGGUAAGGGAAACCAUACCCGAGGAAUGUGAAUCAAUGGAUGAGAGCGAACAGGACGACGAUGAUGCUCAAGAGUGGGACGAAGAUGAUGAGGAAUUUCUGGCGCCAAUCUUUGGGAGAUUGUUCGACGAAUCUGAGGUACUGGAAGUGAUUCCGCCUAGGGAGUUGGGUGACGACGUUGAUAGGCGAGAGGACGGACCAGAUCAGGACGAAGAUGCCGAAGCCAAUGAGGAGGAGAAAAUGAAGCAGGAAAAGUUGGAACGCGUUAUUAAAAUGGAACGAUCCUGGCCUUGGAGUCAGACGGCAAAGCCGAUACAUAAGAGAUCGAACUGCCAUUUGGUACCGAGUGUUGCGUUAGAAAAGGCGAAGAUCAAGCAGUUAACUGAAGGUGAUUUGUCGUUCUACAACAGAGGCUACCGUCAACGAAUUGGAAACUAAUGGAAGCUGUGUUAACACAACGCGAAGUAAUAAAAUACUUGAAAUUAACAGCAAGGUUGCUGUAAAAA